CUUUAGCGAGGAAAAUUUCGAGUCGAUGUAUCUGCGGUAGUCGCCAUUUGCAUAGAGGAAAAGGAAAGAUAGGCGAGCACCGUGAGAAUCGACGAUCGCUGGAGAUCAGCGUGGAUUAGAGUGAACGAUCCAUAUAAACAAUGAGGUCUCUGAAUCGUUGCAUCGUCGAUUGUGUCUUCGAGACUUCCGUUUGAGACAGGCCGCGAAUCGAUUCAGAUACGAACAUUACUCGGCUGCGAUUUAGAUACAAUACACACGUGGAAUUAUCGAUCGACGUUUUAUACGAACUGUAAAACACGAGAGCCCUGAAAAAUGUCGCUUACCUCGAUGGAGGUUUGGAACGAAACCUUGUCGAUGAUGAAUUCGACGAUGAACUCGACCCUAAUGGCACCCAGCGUAGUUCUGAACCCGACAAAACGGCACGUGACUUUCGCCUCUCAGGUGGUGCUCACCCUUGUGUAUAUAACCGGCGUGAUCGGCAACGUGUCGGCUCUAGUCAUUCUUUUUCAUCGAGAUAAGAGGAGAAAUCGAAAACACUUGCUGAUGCUACGCUGCUUGGCGAUCAACGAUCUUGUCGCAUUGUUAGGGAUGUUGGUGCAGAUGUAUAUCACGAUCUAUGUGGGCAGCGUGAUGUCCACGAGAGGAUUUUGUUCCCUUCGUAUCGUAUGGAGGCUCUUUGGUUUGUUCAGUGGUUGCGUAGCCAUCGUGAUGGCAGCUGAAAGGUGGCUAGCCUUGACCAGGCCCUUCGUUUAUCAGAAGGUGACGUACCCGGUAAUUGUACGUUGCAUGCUAGUACUCUGGCUGGUAGCUCUGGCGUUGACAAGCCUGCCGCUUAUGGGUUUUGGCGUGUACUACAAAGGUGAACAAUGCGUUCGAUACAGAGAAGCCACCGAGCCGGCUGAUAUUGCCUACGCCUACGUCUGGUUCUUUUUCGGUACGGUCCUCUGCCUGUCGAUAGUCUGGUGCAACUUAGCUGUAUCUAGAGCACUGAGCAGGCUAAGUCGCAAAGCUGGCGUUCUCCGGCGGGUAACGAGAUCUUCCUCAAGAGCGAAACCACUUUUGACAGUGACGGGGCCAGCACCGGAAAUCGUCACCACCGCCGAGGAAAGGGCAUUCGCAAGAUUGAUGGCCGUACUAUCAAUAUCGUUUGUUGUCUGUUGGAUGCCACAAAUGGUUUCCAUCCCAUUGGCACAGUUCGCGCUGAAGUUACCUCAGAAGGCACUACUCGCGCGAAAACUGAUUCGUAUGUUUCACCUGGCUGCCGAUGUCCUUCUUUGUAUUCACUUCACCCUGGAUCCAUACAUCUACGUACUACUGAGGAUGCCACGGCCGAGGUUCCGCCUUCUGAAACCCCUCUGCAAGAUCUGUUGGCCAGCCAGAAGCCGAUCGAGCUCGUUCACUGGUACCACAGACCACCAGGGGAGCAGUGGUGAUCCGUCGACCCCGAUUACCGAGGCACCCUCCACACCCGUCAGCGAGGAACACGAUCCUCAUUUUGUGGCGGUGUCGGUCUGAGACAGGCUUCAGCGAACGAUCUUCCAGAAACGGCUCAAGAGUCACGAUGUCAGCCAGGUUUGAGCUGCACACUCUUCGAGAACGUUGGAAGAUCUUCGCUUGGUAAACACACGAGUAAUCGCGCUGCGAAGUUUCAUCGAAUCACAAAUGACUGGC